GCCGGGUUGGAUGGGCUGCAGAGCGCUGGCACGGGUCCACGCCUCGGGAUGCCGGGGUUACAGGAUGCCGGGGCCCCUCUGCGCUCUCCCUGAGCCUCCCAGAGCCCUGGGAACCACCUCCCGCUUGCUGUUGCUAGUCCGCAUCCUAGGAGCGGCCUGACACCCUCCCACCUCGACAUGUAUUCUCGACCAUGGGACGGUGUGCGUGCGACUAAGCAAGCCCAGUGACCCCACGAUCACCGGGACAGGUAGCUCACACCUUGCCCUCGGAUGGAGACAGGUGAACCGGGGUCAGGGACCGAGGGCAUCUUGUGUGCAGCCACCCAUUUCCAGUCUCCUGGCAUCGGUCUGACUCGCCUUCGCUGUCAGCUCAGGCCAGGAGAGUAGGGACCUGAGCGGAGCCCUGGGUGGGGUCAGAGGGAGGGGACUUCACCUCACAGAUGCAGUCUUUCCCUAACCACUUGUGUCCACCCAGGCAGGAGACACAGAGGAGAGGAUGUCCAGACCCUCCUCCCUGGAGGCACCUAGCCUGAAGUGUGGGGACUGGAUCAGGACUGAGGCGGACUCCUUCAGAUGCUCCUACCUCACCUCCUAGGCCAUGGUGCAGGGCCCUCAUAUUUUUGCCCAAUCUUCCCAUUUUGCUGCACUGAAUAGGUGCUGGCAGCCCAGUGCCCCAGGAGGUCGGGGCAGGAGCUGGGAACCUAUAUCUAACCUUUCCCCAGGAGUUGACAUCUGCAAAUGUUUGGGCAGCACCUGAGCUGGGCUCCACCCUGAUUUGGGAGUAGGAGCUGGGCAGAACUCAGUCCCUGGGUUUGGGCCUCCCCUAGGUGCCCUUUACACCCAGGAUUUGCUGAGAGUCAUUGGAGGGUUAGGGUUAGGGGACCUGGAGGAUUCCUGGUCUUGUCCCACUGCCUGACCUAAGUUUUUAUAUAUCACCAGCUCUUGGAGGGGAUCCAUAGCCUGGAUGUCACUCUGGGUGAAAUUGAUGACCUCCCUUCCUCCUCCCCAGGGAGCCCAGCUGGAGGCACCCUCCCAAGGCACUACUGCCCAUGCUGACUACCCAGCCCUCCAGCUGCCGAUGUCAUGAGUAACACGACAGUGCCCAAUGCCCCCCAGGCCAACAGCGACUCCAUGGUGGGCUAUGUGUUGGGGCCAUUCUUCCUCAUCACCCUGGUCGGGGUGGUGGUGGCUGUGAUAAUGUAUGUCCAGAAGAAAAAGCGGGUAGACCGGCUUCGCCAUCACCUGCUCCCAGUGUACAGCUACGACCCUGCUGAGGAGCUACAUGAGGCUGAGCAGGAGCUACUCUCUGAUGUGGGAGACACGAAGGUGGUGCAUGGCUGGCAGAGUGGCUACCAACACAAGCGGAUGCCCUUGUUGGAUGUUAAGACCUGACGCUUGCCCUGAUCUUUAGAACCUUGGGGACCUGAAGUGUCCAGGCUUUGCUGCCUGUUGCUCCCCCUCCCCCCCAUCCCAGCUCCAUCAUCUCACUGCCCAGUCAGCCCUUUGUGGGCUGAGCCUACUGUCCUCUAGGGCAGCUUUUCCCUUUUGGGGUGGCUGGGGGUGGGCAGAGCUCUGCCCCGUCUUUCUUUACCCUCCCUGACUUGGCUUUGACAUUUUCCUUGGUGACUGGGCCUGAUGUAUAGUAUUCAGUAUAUAUAUUUUGUAAA